AUGGGCAUCCUCGACAUUCCCGCGGAGCUCCUCCAAUCCAUCUUCAUCCUGAUCACACCUGAUGCACAUGUGCUCGUCUCACGGAAGAAAGAUCCCGACCAAAGACAGGAUUUCUGCGAAGCCGAUGUGCUGAACCGAUCCGAGUGGAGAAAGCUCCUGAACAUCCGCUACACCUGCCGAGGAUUCAGGUCGAACCUGGAUCGUGCGCUCGACAGCGCGAAAAAGACUGGAGACAGCCGCUUGAUCAUGGAACUCGUCGAACACAAGGAAUGCCCUUCAAUACGCGAGGAGGGUAAGCGGUCUGGCAAUCACGACUCAUCGAUGGCCUUCAUCACCAGCUUUUACUUCCUCCGUGUCAGCUGUCCGCACCUCAUAAGAGUCUCCAAACCGGGCGAAGAAGCCUACGCCGAAGAGUCGCUAGAAUUCUUCGCCGCGGACUUCGCCCUCCCCGCGGUCGUCCAUCUGCCAACCUCUUCCAGCAACCACCUUAUCUCCAUCUCCCAUGCAACGCUAUGCAGACGUCCGGACACGGCCAAUCGGCCUGCUUUCAUCCACGCCGUCGGAGGCAUCAUCCGUGGUAUCAUGAAUCCUCGCCUGGUUUUCCCGACGUUCAGGACGCCUUACCUCACGCCAGUAACGGUGGAAGGCUUGUCUCUCAUGGCAUGUCUCUUCACCACGGGCGCCAGCCAGCUCAUCGACCUGGAGUACACGAAUGAUGAAGAGGAAGCUGUCGUGAUCCGUCUACCUGGCCACGCUGCCGCCGUUGAGAGGCUGCGCUUGUGUGAAGAGGCCGCUCCUUUGCGGCUCACCGCAACGGAGACGGGUGUUGACGGUCGAUUCGGACUAUCGGGAGAUAGGAUCGGGCCCUGA